GAGGUGUUGGCAGCUUUGCAUGCUUGUUUCGAUUUCUUGAAGAUCGCCUGAUUUUGAUUUUGUGGAAAGCUCAUCAGUUCUGCAAGCCCAACGCAACAUCGUUCACUCAUUCAGUAGAAAGAGAAAUAUCACAUCACCUGCCCAGUGAUCUUGCUCAUUUUAUUCUCCGUUCUCUCUCUGCUGAAGACAAUGUGGGGAGGCGGUGCAGGUGAUGCUUCGUUUGGAGGUGGUGCAGGCGGUGGUUUCGGUGGAGCAGGUGGCUUCGGAUCGCCCAUGGAUGGAAGCCAAGAGAAGCGAAAAUCCUUCAAUAAAGGCCAAUCGUUGAUGCCGGUGACUGCUGCACAGCUGUACGCAGCACGACACGAUGAGGACGGCAGCUUUUACGUAAACGAAAGAGAGCUCAACUAUGUCACGUUCAUUGGAGUGGUGCGCACCGUGGAGGAGACGUCAACGACGCUCUCGUACUCCGUGGACGACAUGACUGGCGAGCCGAUGCAGGUGCGCAAAUACAUCCAAGACAACGAGACAAGACGUUCGGAAUGCAGGGAGGGCCUGUUUGUUCGCGUCGCCGGCCACCUGCGCUCCUACAACGAGACGAGUCGCAAUGUCAUCGCGUUUGUGAUCCAGCCGGUGACCGAGUUCAAUGACAUUACCCUGCACAUGCUUGAAGUUGUGCACGCGCAUCUCUAUCUGAAGAAGGGCGGUAGCGCAGCUCCUGCUGUCAAGACAGAAGGAGCUAUGGGUUCCACCGGAAUGGGCGCCGGCAGUGGCGGUGGUGCAGCUACAGGCGGUAUGGCUAUGGGUUCCAACGCCAUGGGCUUCGACAAGGACCAACACCAGGUCUACAAGGCGAUCAUGGCAUGUCGUGACACCCAGGGUCUCAACAUCCGCAUGCUCCUGGAUCAGAUGCGCAAACACAGCAUUAUGGAGCCGGCUGUCAGGAAAGCUGUGGACUGGCUCAGUCAAGAAGGGCACAUUUACUCGACGAUUGAUGACGAGCACUUCAAGUCUACGGACGACUUCUGAGCGGCGCGGCGGGGUGUUCUGACUGACGCGUCGGUGCUGCCCGUGUACAUUGUAAACAUGAAACUGUGCUGCUUAGCGCUCUUCAACAUCUUGUUGCUGGUGUUUUGGAGAUGUCCGAGACAGAGUGCAUAGGCUUGAGUGAACCACUAUCUACACAUGACAUGUUCAGUAAGUUGAUGUUAACUGUCGGAGAAUGACCAAUGAUAUUUUCGCUUCUUUCGUUGGUCAUCCAGUAUGUCAUAUUCCAUAACACACAACAGCAUUCCAAAAAAUGUGUAGCACUUUGUACUUUUUGGCCAUCCAUGAAAGCAUCUUUUUAUACGACUCUUUACCCUUCUUUUUAUUCAUAAAACUUUUCUUAUGCUUUUUUUAAAACCUGUGCUGACCGUGUACAUAUGCUACAGUUAAAGAGUAUGGUGCGUGAUGAUGCAUAUGCAUUGCACACACCCAAAUACACAUGUCGGAAACCA